ACGGAGCCAUGUUCUACACAUACUGCUAUUUUUUUUUUUAUAAAAUGGACGAGCGCCAACCGAACCCCUCCGGAUCGACAUACCAAAGCUGAAGCGAGAUUCGAUCCGGUUAUUUAGUCCAUAGAUCGCCUCUCAGUCACGUAUCUGCUUCGUCUACAGACACUGUCUCUGCUUUUAAGGUUCAGCCUUAGCAUCAGUUUCGUUUCUAGCUGGUUUGCUCGAUAUGCAAGUUAUUAAGGAUGAAGCUCCUUAGUAUACUUGCAGCCGCCGCGCUGUCAUUCCUUUUCGUUUCCGCGUCGGCGAUACCCGUACAAUCUCUCCGAACAGCAAGCGACGAUCCGGUGUUCGACGAUGAUUUCGCCGAUCCAUCAAUAUUCCAAGACGAAGACGGCACCUGGUAUGCUUUUGCGACGGCUGGAAAGAAUAAGCAAGUUCAGGUAGCUACGGGAGAGAGUUUCGACGGGCAGUGGAAUCUAUUAAAGGAUGUCGACGCCCUUCCUCACUCGGCUGCCUGGACUACUGGACGACACACCUGGGCCCCUGAUGUGCGUCGCGCACGCAACGGGAAAUAUGUCAUGUAUUAUAGCGGUGAGGUAGCCGACGAUUCGGCUCACCACUGCAUCGGCGCGGCAGUAGCAGACGCUAUCACCGGACCUUAUAUACCCGAGGAGGAGCCUUUUGCUUGCGACCUCUCAGCCGGUGGCUCUAUCGAUGCGUCUGGAUUCGAAGAUCAGGAUGGCAAACAAUACGUCCUCUAUAAGAUCGAUGGAAAUAGUGUCGGCCAUGGCGGAAGCUGCAGCAACACCAAACAGCCGAUCGUACCAACGCCUAUCAUGCUCCAAGAAGUCGAAGAGGAUGGCGUGACAAAAGUUGGCGAGCCUGUUCAAAUUUUCGACCGCAGCGACGAGGAUGGUCCAUUGGUGGAAGCACCAAGCUUGUUACGUACGGACAAUGGGUUGUACAUCCUGUUCUUCAGCAGUGGUUGCUACUUAGAGCCAAGCUACAACGUGAACUACGCAACGUCGACGAGCCUGAAGGGGCCAUUUCAACGAGCACAGCGCCCGAUAAUAAAAUCAGGGGAGUACACGUUGCAGGCACCCGGCGGCGCUACCGCAGUGCAUGUUGGGGAUAAAGUUGGGAUCGCUUUCCAUGCAGACUGCCAACAAGGGAGAUGUAUGCACACAUCGCACACGGUUGUCGAUGGCCGAGAAGUAAGAGUUAUGAUGUAGACAACUCGACAAUUCAUCAUCCAUAUUUCCGCGAACACGAUACUAAAAGGACGGGCUGUGUUGGACUGGCGCAAGGUCUUGAUAUAACUUUUCUUUAAUAACCAAGCGAGAGUAGUCAUACAAGAUGACGCUCGAGGUCAGAGGUUGGAAUAUGGCUCAGUCGAUGCUUCUCGCGCCGAUGCUGCUCACAACACUCUUUAGAUUAGGGAUAGACUUGGAAUAUUUCAUAUUCAUAUCUUUGGAUUCAGGAUAACUGGAGGGUAAAUGAUACCAAAGCGGAUAGACCUAUAUAAGCGCAGUAUAU